UAUAUAAAGUACAGUUUUACCAUUCGUAUGUUGAGUAACGAGUGCAAGUUAUAGAAUAGUAAAUUCCUUAGCCCAGAGAUAACGCUGAACACCCUGUAUAUACAGAGAUUUUUAUUACAACGUAUCCAAACGUUUAUAUAAACCGCGAAUCAUGUUUUAAGAGGAUUUCAUUUCACAUUUUAUCGGCGAGAUGAAUUAUUUAAAAUUAUGUGUAUUCCUGAUUCUUCCCUGUCAGAUUUUGACAGAGCGAAGAUGCUUCUCGAACCAGACAACCGAGGCUUUCAUCGAAAUGGUUCUGGGCAAUAUCACAGCAGGUAGUAGCUAUGUUUUGCCAGUGGACAACUCGAAGCUAGUUUACGUUUCUCCCUCGCAGGAAAAUGUUACCUAUGAUUUCGGAACAUUCGACUUCAUCAUUGUUGGGGCGGGAUCGGCAGGCACUCUCUUGGCGAACAGACUGACAGAGAUCAAGAAGUGGAAAGUACUCCUGUUAGAGGCUGGAGGUGCAGAAAAUGACUUCAGUGACAUUCCAGGAAUGAGUUCAGAGCUUUAUUCGACUGACAUGAACUGGGGAUAUCUAAGCACGCCUCAAACGAGGUCGUGUAAAGCAAUGGAUCAAUAUCAGUGCGUCUGUCCAAGAGGUAAAGUCCUAGGCGGAAGCAGCACUAUCAACGGGAAAAUGUACGUGAGGGGUAACAAAGCAGAUUACGAUGCAUGGGAGAAGAUGGGCAAUCCUGGCUGGUCCUACAAAGACGUCUUGCCUUAUUUUAUAAAGACAGAAAAUUCCCACAUCGACGACGGAGACCCUGGGUACCACGGUAAAAGUGGUUUGCUAGAUGUCAACUACACUGAUCCAACUAUAUUUGCUUCAGUGUUCCUAAGAGGAAGUGAAGAAUUAGGCUACAAAGAAUUAGACUAUAAUGGCGAAAAUCAAAUAGGCGCGUCGAGAAUUCAAUUCACAAUCAAGUGCAACAAAAUAGCCAGUGGAGGAAGAGCCUUCAUAGAUCCAUUUUUAGACAGAGCAAACCUCAACGUUACCAUAAAUGCAUUUGUUACUAGAUUAAUAAUAGAUAAGGAUACAAAAACAGCACUUGGUGUUGAAUUCAUAAAAGAUGGGAGAAAGUAUGAAGCCAGAGCCAAAAAGGAAGUUAUACUUUCUGCUGGUGCUAUAAAUACUCCCCAAAUAUUAAUGGUAUCUGGAAUAGGUCCCCAAGAAGAAUUAACCAGAAUCGGAGUUGAGACCUUGGUGGACCUACCUGUCGGAUUAUACAUGGAGGAUCAUGCCAUGUUCAUUGGUUUAAACAUUAGAACUAACAUCACUCUAUUUAACGAAACCAUAGAAGUAUUACUUGAAAGGUAUUUGAAUGGACAGAGACCAUACACAGCAUCAAUCAAUGGAGAAGCCAUGAGUUUCAUGAACGUAAACAAUAAUAAAAGCUCAGAGCCAGAUAUCCAGCAAUUAGUAACCGUACCCCCAGGAUUCACACCGAUUGGAGCGAGAAUAUUAAAUGCGAACGCUGAAGUAACGGAGCAACUUGAAGUUCUAGCAAAGCCUUAUAAUGAUAUAAUCGUAUGGAUCAUACUGCUACAUCCAAAAUCUAAAGGAAACGUUACAUUAAAAUCGAACAAUCCUCUGGACUUUCCCAAUAUCGACUAUAAUUAUUACGCAGUGGAGGAAGACAAGAACACUAUGCUCAAAGCCAUUAAAGAAUCUCUAAAACUACUAGAAACUGAUGCUUUCAAGUCGGUCAACGCUACGUAUGCGUCACUAUUUAAUGUUUGCACAAAUUAUACCGAGGGUACUGACGAUUACUGGCAAUGUAUGAUAGAACAAUUGACCACGACUGUUUAUCAUCUAGUUGGCACUACCAGAAUGGGUAGAUCAAGGAAAAACUCCGUGGUAAACUCGAAACUGUUUGUGCACGGCACGAAAAGGUUGAGGGUAGUGGAUGCUGGGGUUAUGCCCAAAAUACCUUCUGGAAAUACCAAUGCUCCGACUUAUAUGAUUGCAGAAAAAGCGGCAGACGAAAUUAAAAGUUACUGGCUUCUGUAGUAACCCAUAUAUUUUUAAAAUGCAUUUUCUAGUAUAUCAUUAUAACUAUUAUUUUUCUAAUUUUGUUAUAAAGAAAAAAUAUUAAGAUAUUAAAAACUGCACAUAGGUACGCUUUAAAAGAAUUUAUUAAUGUCAUUCUUAUUUUUACUAUAUUAGAUGAUAGUAUCAAAACAUUAUACAAAAAUAUAAUUGUUUGACAGGUGUUGUAUUGUUACUUUAUCAGGCCUUGAGAUGCGGACAAAAAUUAGUAUUAGUCAAAUUCACCGUUUUAUAUUAUUGUAGUCUUAUUGACUUAAAUAUGAAUUAAACUUCUAAACUUGAUUAUGUAAUUUAUAUAACUUAAAGAAAUACAGUAAUAAUGCUGAAUAUAUUAUUAUGUUUUCAAAAAACGUCAAUCAAUUCUAAAUCUGACUCUCGCCUUCUAUAUAACUGUUCGCAACACACAUAUCGUCACUUAGUAACUGGACUCGGUCCGCAUUAUAUUAUAUUACUUAGACAUAAGACAUAAUCUCCUGAAGAAGGAAUCUAUUCCGAAAGCUCGAGCAAUAAAAAAGGGUUUACAUUUUUA